AUGGAAAAUCAGAUGCACAGCAAGCAACCUCAAUGCCGAUGGGAGAUGGAAACUGCACCAAAUUCUGAAAUGAUCGGAAAUGAUACCGAGAAGGAGAGAUCUAAGCUUAUAGAUCUUGCUUCAGCUGCUAUGGAUCAACUCAUCAAGUUGGCAGAACCAGAUUCCCAUCUCUGGAUCAAGAGUCCAGAGAGUGGGAAGGAAAUGCUUAACCGCGACGAGUAUGAAAAGAUUCGUUCUCCUUUUAAUACUCCGAAACCAAAUGGAUUUGUAACUGAAGCUACAAAAAAGAUUGUGCGAAAUGGAUCUAUGCAACUGAUUACAUAUGGGUGGAUCAUUCUCAAUAUGAUGAGAGUGCUGUCCACCGGUCCAAUGGUUAACUCCGGCAUCGUAUAUGGUGCUCAUAGAUGGGUUACAACUCUCAAGAGGCUCUCUGAAUCUCUUGCCGUCCCAAUGUCUGUCGUACCAUCUGAUGACCCUACAGAGGGCCCAAAAUUUGCGAGUUGGACGAGAUGGGAAAAGGAGAAUUCACCCUAUCAGAGAGGGGCUUGGGUGCGUUUGUAUGGCGUUCCUCUUCAUGCUUGGAACGAGCAAUUCUUUAAGUUGUGUGUUUUUGAAUGUGGAGGGUUUCUUCGAACGGAUUGUUGUGCUGCUGAAAAGAAUCGACUUGACUUCGCGCGGGUUCUGAUCGCUACCCCUGAACUUGACUUAAUCAAAAGAAGUGUGACUGUCUUGGUAGAUGGCAUUCAAGUGGAGAUUAAGAUUGUGGAGGAGUGGGGGUAUGCUAUGGGAGAGGAUUCUUGUCUCUUUGAAGAGGAUAGCGAGGCAGAAUCAUCUUGUGGUGAGGGUCAAGAUGAUCCGGAGGUUCAUCGCAAUAUUGACAUGCUAGUCAAUCAAGUUAAAGAAGGACUUGAGGUGGAGGAUCAUAAUGAAUUCCAAGGCAAGCAGGAUGAAGAGUUUUUAGAUAAGCUUGAAGCUAAUUCAGGUUCUAAGGGAGUUGGGACAAAUUCAGUUUUAAGGAUGGACUCUCUUGAAGUGUUUGGAAAUCAAGAUGAUCGGGCAGAGGUGUCUUCCCCACCGGGGAAUGCUUUGGUUCGUCCUUCUUUUCGGCCGCUUAUUGGUAAGCGUACUAGUUCUUGUCCUCCGGAGGCGAGGCGUUCCGUUAUGUCAGGGCCUUGGAGUUUGGAGUGGUUACAGGAUCAGAAUUAUGGGGAUGCGGGAGUGAUUUUUUCUGCAAGUAAGAAAAGUAGAAAGGAGGUUUUUCACGGACCGAGCCUUAAGCGGAAAGUGGAUCAGGAUUCGAGGAGACGGAAAGCAGGAGGUGUGCUUCGUCAUCCAAUCCAUAGUCUUAAAAAAGUGGCUAGGAUGCCAUGCAAGGAUCGUGGUGAGGUGUUAAAGGUCUUGAAGAAAAGUGUUCGUCGGCGCAGGGGUGGAGAUGGGCUUAAUCGAUCUUGCUCUAUGAGCUGUCAUGUUUCCUCCGGAGAUUCAGGUUCGUUGGGGUCUGUAAACAACGAUUGGAUGAAUUGGGUGGCUGUUCAUGGUAACGACCACAUGGCGGUGGAUGAUGUGUGGGGAAUCGGGAAAGCUAUCGGGGUUAAGUUCAAGGGAGACAAUGUGAAUAUGUUCAAUAUUCUUUCUAGGGCGAGUAAAGGCAAGAGGAAGGCUUCAGGGUUGAUGGGGGAGAGAGUUUUUAUGAAGAUUAUCUCUUGGAACAUUAGAGGGCUGGGAGGCCUUGAGAAAAGGAAGGAAGUACGUAAGAUGGUGGGGGAGUUGAAACCCUUCAUCCUGUGUAUUCAAGAAACGAAGUUGCAAAAUUGUGAUACUUUUCUUAGCUCGACUCUUUGGGGUAGUUCCUCGCACGGUUUUUCUUAUCGUCCAUCGGUUGGGGCAUCUGGAGGGCUUCUAACUUUGUGGGAUUCUUCUGAGGUGGAUGUGUGGUCGACUGAGAGCCGAGAGCAUGUGUUGUGGUGUCAUGGUCGGUUCUCGAAGUCAGGGGAAGAAUUUUAUGUGGCAAAUGUCUAUGCGCCCUGUGAUGAUGGGGCUAAGCAAGGGCUGUGGGAUUCUAUUUCCGCGCGGCUCCAAUUGCUGGCGGGGAAGAGGGUGUGUGUGUGUGGGGACUUUAAUGCGGUCAAACACAUUGAUGAAAGACGAUCGUUUACUUGGUUCAAAGGGGAUGGUCACUCGAUGAGCCGACUUGAUAGGUUUCUUCUUUCCGAGGAGUGGUGUUUGGAUUGGCCUAACUGUAAGCAAAUGGCCAAACUGAGAGGGUUGUCUGAUCAUUGUCCCCUGGUCUUAUCUGCGAAUGAGGAAGAUUGGGGGCCAAGACCGUCGCGUAUGCUUAAGUGCUGGAAGGAUAUACCUGGGUAUAACUUGUUUGUCAAAGAUAAGUGGAAUUCGCUCCAAGUGGAUGGUUGGGGUGGUUAUGUUUUAAAGGAAAAACUUAAGAUGAUUAAGGCGGCUUUAAAAGACUGGCAUAAGACUCAUGCUCAGAAUCUUCCUAGUCGUAUAGAUAAUUUGAAAAUCAGGCUUUCAGCUCUCGAUGAGAAGGGGGGAGGGGAAGAUGAUCUUUCUGAGGAGGAUCUCGUUGAGCUUCAUGGGGUUUCGGUCGACAUUCACUCGCUAUCUAGGUUGCAUGCUAGCAUUAGUUGGCAACAAUCUCGAUCGUUAUGGCUUAAGGAAGGGGAUGCUAAUUCUAAGUAUUUUCAUUCAGUUUUGGCGAGUCGUCGUCGAAGGAAUGCUUUGUCAGUCAUUCAGGUAGAUGAGGUUUCGUUGGAGGGUGUUAAUCCUAUUAGGCAAGCGGUGUUUUCGCAUUUUGAGUCUCAUUUUCAGGCUCCUAAUGUGGAUAGGCCUGGGGUUGACGACCUUCAGUUUAAGAGGUUAGAUCCGAUGGAGAUUGGUGGCUUAACCAAACCUUUUUCGGAGACUGAGGUGAAGCUAGCUGUGUGGGAUUGCGAUAGUUUUAAAAGCCCAGGCCCUGAUGGUAUUAAUUUCGGCUUUAUUAAAGAUUUCUGGGCCGAGCUUCGAGGCGACGUAAUGCACUUUCUCUCUGAUUUCCAUCGAAAUGGCAAGUUGACGAAAGGUAUUAACUCGACCUUCAUUGCUCUGAUCCCCAAAACGGAUAGUCCUCAGAGGCUGAGUGACUUUCGCCCUAUUUUGCUUGUCGGAUGCCUCUAUAAAAUAUUGGCGAAGGUUUUAGCUAAUAGGUUGCGUCAAGUGAUUGGUAGUGUUAUCUCUGAGUCCCAGACUGCGUUCGUAAAGAACAGACAAAUUCUAGAUGGUAUUCUUAUAGCUAACGAGGUGGUGGAUGAGGCGCGAAAGUCUAAAAAGGAUCUUUUGUUGUUUAAGGUUGAUUUUGAGAAAGCUUAUGAUUCGGUGGAUUGGGGGUAUCUUGAUGCUGUUAUGGGGAGAAUGUCAUUUCCGACUUUGUGUCCGACUGAUGAAUUCCCUCUUAGGCGAGGGCUAAGGCAGGGUGAUCCGCUCUCUCCUUUCCUUUUUCUUCUAGCGGCUGAGGGCCUUAAUGUGCUUAUGGAAGCUAUGGUGGCUCGUAACUUGUUUACAGGUUAUAGUUUUGGUGGUCAGGGGUCGGUCACGGUGUCACACCUUCAAUUUGCUGAUGAUACUCUCUUGAUGGGGGUAAAAAGUUGGGCAAAUGUUCGGGCUUUGCGGGCUGUUUUAGUGCUUUUUGAAACUAUGUCUGGCUUGAAGGUUAAUUUUAAUAAAAGUAUGUUGGUUGGCGUUAAUAUCCCUGAGUCCUGGUUGUGUGAAGCUGCGUCUUCUCUGUGUUGUAAAGUGGGAAAGAUUCCUUUUCUUUAUCUGGGUCUUCAAAUUGGGGGUGAUCCGCGUCGUUUGGUAUUUUGGGAACCGAUGUUGACUCGUUUAAAGAACAGAUUGUCUGGGUGGAAGAGCCGCUUUUUGUCUUUUGGUGGUCGUCUGGAUUCUAGGAAAAUCUCUUGGGUUAGUUGGAAAUCUGUUUGUUUACGUAAGGAGUAUGGAGGUUUGGGGGUUAGACAGUUGCGUGAGUUCAACAUAGCGUUGUUGGGUAAGUGGUGUUGGAGGAUGCUGGUGGACAGAGAGGGGUUGUGGUUUAGAGUGCUGGUAGCUAGGUAUGGGCUUGAGGGAGGUAGUCUGCGGGCGGAUGGUCAGAGAGGGUCGGUGUGGUGGAGGGAGCUGGCGCGUAUUCGGGAGGGUGUUGGUGAGCCAGGUGGUAGUUGGUUUAGGGAGCAUGUUUCGAGGAGGGUGGGGGAUGGGUCAUAUACUCUUUUUUGGACCGAUCCGUGGUUGGAGGGGAUUUCGUUACGGGAGCGGUUUGGACGACUUUUUGAGUUGGCGGUGACCAAAUCUCGUUCGGUCGCAGAGAUGUUUGCUUUGGGUUGGGGGGAAGAUGGUGGGGCGUGGGAGUGGCGGAGACGGUUGUGGGCGUGGGAGGAGGAGAUGUUGGGGGAGUGUCAGUCUUUACUUCUUGACAUUUCUUUGCAGGAUCAGGCUAUUGACAGGUGGCAAUGGAGACUUGACCCUGACACAGGUUAUACGGUCGGGGGAGUUUAUCAGCUUUUGACGUCUCAGGAUUCAGUUACUUUGGAUGAUGCGGAUAAUCUUAUAUGGCAUUCUCAGGUUCCCUUGAAGGUUUCCAUCUUUGCGUGGCGAUUAUUGCGGGAUAGGUUGCCUACGAGAGCAAACCUGGUUACUCGUGGCGUUUUGUCUACUACGGUUGCCACUUGUGUUUUUGGAUGCGAAGCGGCUGAGUCGGCUCAUCAUUUAUUUCUAUCUUGUAGUAUUGCUGGAUCGCUUUGGGAUUUAGUUCGCGCAUGGAUUGGCAUUUCCUUGGUGGAUUCCACUUCUCUGCGUGAUCAUUUUGUUCAGUUUACGGCUUUAUCAGGUGGAUCUCGGGCGAGACGGUCCUUUCUGCAGCUUGUUUGGCUCGCUUGUGUUUGGGUGUUAUGGACAGAGAGAAAUCAUCGGUUGUUCAAGGGCUCAACGGGCACACCUCAUAUUUUAUUGGACAAGAUCAAGCUUUUCUCUUUUAGGUGGUUGAAGACGACGAACAUCACGUUAGCUUUAAAUUACCAUAGCUGGUGGUCUAGUCCAUUGAUGUGUUUGGGCCUUGUAUGA